AUGCAAUUAUACAAUGUCUUCGAAUUUCCAAUUGUGCGAGACCAGCUCAUCGCUAAUACAAUCCUUGUUGCUCUCGCCACUCUUUUGGUAAUAUUGCGUGGUGUCUCCCGACGAAUUCGAAAAGCUUAUCUAGGAUGGGACGAUGCAUGCUGCGUCGCGGGACUAUUUCACACAUAUGGAAUGCUCGCAAUGCAAUUCCACUAUGCUCGUGUCGGGAUGCGACACCACAUCGCCGUGAUACCCCCAGAGAAUGCUGUAUUAAUCGCCAAAAUGCUGAUGGUCUACCAAAUCGUCUACUAUAACGCCAUGGUUCUGGCCAAGUUCUCUUAUCUCGCCUUCUACCUGCGCAUCUUUGUGUCGCGGGAAUUUCGCAUCCUGACGUGGAUCUGUAUGGGCUGUGCGGGUGCAUACUGGACCGGCAGUAUGCUCCAGAUCUUCCUAAUUUGCACACCCUUCGAGAAGAAUUGGAACCCUACCCUACCAGGUCAUUGUGCGAGUCAGAACGUGGCUUUUUCGACGAUUGGAGCCUUUAAUCUCCUUACCGAUGUGAUGAUCAUGAUGUUGCCUAUUCGCUUUGUCUGGAAAUUGCAAAUGUCUCUCGCGACUAAAUUGGCGCUGGUUGGAAUCUUUGGAUUGGGUAUCUUUAUCUCUUCUAUCACCAUUGUCCGAAUCUUUGUCCUCACCACGGUCGAUUUCACCGAUCUAUCUUACUCUAUGAUUUGGGCUGCUUUCUGGAGUGUCACGGAGCCUGCUCUUGCCAUUGCAAAUUCCUGCGCGCCCAUGCUCCGACCGAUUCUCAAGGCUGCGUUCCCGUCCUUGUUCUCCAGUGUCCGUAAUGCAUACUCGACUCAGCCGUCAACGGGACCCAGCCUGAGCAAGAAUAGUACGGCGAAACGGGAGCAUGGCAUAGAUGAGAUGGAUAGUGAGUUUCCACUCACACGAUUGGAUCAAAUACCAGGAUCGGCAGACGGAGGGUCAUUGAAUGAUCAGUCGCAGGAUGGUCGCUUGCACUACACAUCAUAUCAAACCCCUAGGUUAGCCGUUGGGACUCCUAAAGGAUUACUAUAA